ACAUCUGGUAAAUGUCUUUUGUCUUUCCUCCAGUAAACCACAAAACUCGUCUCCUUCCCCAGCCAAUAAGAGACAAGAGAAAAAAAUUGGAAAAGAGUUUUGAACUGAUAAACAAGCAUGUAUGUGGAACUCAAGGAAACAUUGUAUAAAACAUAAAGGUGGAACAUUUCCACAUUCAGAAAAAGAGGAAAUAUCUGUGGGGAGGGAAGCGCUCGUUCCAGACAAUAAUGCAGGCCUCACCCUGUGAGAAAACAAACAGCUUGAACCAUUCAAGAAGAGAUCACAAAUAUUUUUGACCUCCUCAAGAAUCGAAGGCUAUCAGGGGAAGAAAAGCUCCACAGAUAUGUAUAUUGUAGGAAAAGCACAGAUUGCAAAUCAGAGCUGAUUAUGCAUCAGAGGAUCCAUACUGGUGAAAAACCAUACAAAUGCUACACUUCCCAACUUAUGGAGCAUAAAAUAACCCAUACUGGAGAAAAGCCCUACCAGUGCCCACAGUGUCCCAAAAAGUUUAGUAAGCAUGCCAACCUGGUGAUACACAAGAGGACACACACUGGAGAGAAACCAUUUGAGUGUCCAGAGUGUGGGAAAAGUUUCAGUCAGAAUUCCAACCUGGUGAUACACCAUAGAACUCACACCGGGGAGAAACGAUAUGUGUGUCAGGAUUGUGGGAAAAGUUUCCAGCAGAAUUCUGACCUGGUGAUACAUCAGAGAACUCACACUGGUGAGAAACCAUAUGAAUGUUCGGAUUGUGGGAAAUGUUUCAGUAGGAAUUCCACCCUUGUGAUACACCAGAGGACUCACACAGGAGAGAAACCAUAUGAGUGUCCAGAUUGCGGAAAAAGCUUUAGUCAUAAUUCCUACAUGGUUAUACACCAGAGGACACACACAGGAGAGAGACCGUAUGAGUGUCUAUACUGUGGGAAAAGUUUCAAACAUAAUUAUAACCUGGUGAGACACCAGAGGACACACACAGGAGAGAAACCCUUUGAUUGUCCUCAUUGUGGGAAAAGCUUCAGUGAUAAUUCUGACCUGGUGAUACACCAGAGGACUCACACGGGCGAGAAACCAUAUGAAUGUCUGGAUUGUGGGAAAUGUUUCAGUAAGAAUUCCAACCUGGUGAUACACCAGAGGACUCACACAGGAGAGAAACCAUAUGAGUGUCCAGAUUGCGGAAAAAGCUUUAGUCAUAAUUCCUGCUUGGUGAUACACCAGAGAACUCACACUGGGGAGAAACCGUAUGAGUGUCCGUAUUGUGGGAAAAGUUUCAAUAAUAAUUCUCACCUUGUGAAACACCAGAGGACUCAUACAGGAGAGAAACCCUUUGAUUGUCCUCAUUGUGGGAAAAGCUUCAGUCGGAAUUCUGACCUGGUGAUACACCAGAGGACUCACACAGGAGAGAAACCAUAUGAGUGUCCAGAUUGUGGGAAAAGCUUUAGUCGUAAACCCUGCUUGGUUAAACACCAGAGAACUCACACUGGUGAGAAACCAUAUGAGUGUUCGGAGUGUGGGAAAUGUUUCAGUCAGAAUUCCCACCUGGUGAGACACCAGAGGGGACACACAGGAGAGAAACCCUUUGAUUGUCCUCAUUGUGGGAAAAGCUUCAGUCAGAAUUCUGACCUGGUGAUACACCAGAAGACUCACACAGGAGAGAAACCAUAUGAGUGUCCAGAUUGUGGGAAAAGCUUUAGUCGUAAUUCCUGCUUGGUUAAACACCAGAGAACUCACACUGGUGAGAAACCAUAUGAGUGUUCGGAGUGUGGGAAAUGUUUCAGUCAGAAUUCCCACCUGGUGAGACACCAGAGGACACACACAGGAGAGAAACCCUUUGAUUGUCCUCACUGUGGGAAAAGCUUCAGUCAGAAUUCUGACCUGGUGAUACACCAGAGGAUUCACACAGGAGAGAACCCCUAUUAAUGUCCAAAUUGUUGGAAAGCUUUCAGUUGAAAUUCUGACCUCGUGAGACACCAGAGGAUUCACACAGCAUGAAUGCCUGGAUUAUGGAAAAAUUUUCAGUUGAAAUUGCCACCUGGUGGAAUAAUAGGGAACUGACACAAAAGAGGAGCUGUUUGAUGUCCCAAUUGUGGGAAAGCUUUCACAAGUAGGUCUAAUCUAAUAAAUCAUGUCAGUUUACAGACAGAUCAGAAGCCAUUCAGAUGCCCAAACUGUGGUCAGUGUUUCAGUCACAAUUCUAUUAUUAAAGACAAGAGGACUCAUAGAGGACUCGUAGAGGAGAAAGACCAUCAGCUUUCUGAUUGGAAGGAAAGUUUGAUGGGAUCUUAGAAAACUUUCAAGACUUCACAAGGAUAUACAUUGCUUGUUUUCACCUUACUGGAUUAUUUUCAGCCAAAGAGCCAAGUUUAUUUAGAGAUGAGAGACUCAACCAGAAGAAAUGCUCAGACACAAGAGGAUUUGCUUGCAAAAAUCAAUGAGUCAGUAAAUGAGAAUUAGGCUUUCAAGAAGAGUUUUCUGAAAGCAUAGUAAGAAACUAAAUGUUACUAUGUAUAAUUAGAAUAUUUCUCAGGCAUCAAACCAUUCUUAUUGUAUCCAAUUUGAUAUAUUACAGAAAGAUAUAUCCUGAAGUCCUGGAGGCGCAGUGGUUAGAAUUUACUAUUGCAAAGGCAGUAAUCAUUCCAAGAUACUGGUAGUCCUUGACUUAUAACCAUUCAUUUAGCGACCAUUCAAAGUUACAACAUCACUGAAAAAAGUGAAUUAUGGCCCUUUUUCAUACUUAGGACCAUUGCAGCGUCAACAUUCAGAUGCUUAGCAACUGAUGGGUGCAAUGUCCUGGGGUCAUGGGAUUCCCUUUUGUGACCUUCUGACAAGCCAAUUCAAUGGGGUAGCCAGGUUCACUUAACAAAUGUGUUACUAAUUUAACAGCUGCAGUUAUUCAGUUAACAAAUGUGGCAAGAAAGGUUGUAAAAUGGGACAAAUUUCACUUAACAACUGUCUCGCUUAGGAACAGAAAUUUUGGGCUCAAAAAUGACCCGUUGCAGGGACGUGCUGAGGAGUUUAACGGUUAUCUAUAUGAUAAAAUCGUUCAGCUUCGGGAUAGUCUGGACCAAGAUUGCGGUGACGCGGGUGAGACGCUCGAGGAUGGUCUUGGUGACAUUUUAUGGGAUGAGUUUGACCCUGUGGCUCCCGAGGACAUGGACAGGUUGUUGGGUAGGUUGAAUGCCACCACGUGUUUACUGGACCCGUGCCCCUCCUGGCUGGUGCUGGCCACUCAGGAGGUGACACGAGGCUGGCUCCAGGCGAUUACGACCGCUUCUUUGGUGGAGGGUGUCUUCCCGGUCGCCUUGAAAGAGGCGGUGGUGAGGCCCCUCCUUAAGAAGCCUUCCCUGGACCCGGCUGUUUUAGGUAAUUAU